ACGACACAAUAUUUAACGCAAAAUAAUAUUUCCCAACUAUUUCCAUUUCUCACAGUCUCCCCCAACUAAAAUACACUCCAUGUAGCGAAACCAUUAGGCUACUCACUUUCCCACAAAAGAGAAAGCCAUGACAUGGGAGAGUCGCAUCGAACGCUGAGGGAACAACGGAAAAAAAUCCUAAUGUGUGCACAUUCAGCGUUGCGCCGAAUCACGAUGCGCUCACAGUCCCAGUCUCGUGAGAUGCUGGUGAGCAGGUCGGUUGUCUCUCGACGCUCUCCAGCCUCUCCCAAUAACCGCUCCUGAGCCCUUUUCGCCGGCAAGAUGUUUUGUUGACUGCCCACCUCAAUGAAUAGCCGUAGGAGGCGAUACGGUGAGAAUAUGAUACCUGCUUGAGCUGUGAAGCAUUUCUGAGAUGCGCAAGUGAACAUCAAAUAAGUUCUCAUUUAGUGAAAAAUAGGUUCAAAGCUUUUUUUUUUACAAUUGAACGGAACUGUUGUUGUGUGUUUUCUCAGUGGAUCAGAAAGGGUUGGUCCAUCAUGCUUUAUACUUCAAGUGUACGACGACAACUGGCGGAGACUCGAUGUGAAGCCCAAAUCCAUGCACUUCCAUAUACAAUGUGAAAAUUCGACAAUUGUUUCCCUACUAUUGGAAUAUACGCCAUUGAAAACGUUUUGGAUGUUUUUAGGGAAGCACUCACAAUUCUUCUGAGAAAAGGCAGAAAGAGGGAAUGUAUUUAAUUUGAACUGAAAAAAUUACUCGGACUCGUACGAUUAUUUAUGUGGAUCUACAAUGCGCCUAACGUGACGGAGGAAACAUCAAAUGUUCCGAACUGAUCUCCUAAAUGGAAUUCAAACUCUGUAAUAACGUUUCAGAUGUUUUUGGGUUGCGAAUUUCCAACUGGUAUUCCUACUUUUUUACCAACUUGGUAUACAACAGUUGGUGAGGUGGAAUUAACAUCCAACCGGAGGGCGGAAAGAAAACACCUUUUGCUUGCUCUGUCGAAAUGUGAAUCUUGCAGCCCGCUCGAGCCCAGCUCACACAGAGUUGCCAAGGCUACAGAGCUCCUCUCGAACCAGCUAAACCGUAUUUCGGUUCCUAAGUUAUUUGGGCAAUUCCUCCGCAAUAGAUCAGUUGUGUAGCUUACCAUCUAAAUAUUGAUCAUACAUCUUGAUUUAUUAACCGGAAUAAUGCGUCUGGAAACAUUAAGACGUUUUUUGACUCGUGGAUAUUGAUUUUUCCUCUCGGGUCUUUUUGACAAGCGAAUCGCCAGACGCCGCUAUUGUUCAGUGAGCCUGGACACACCUUUUUGAUGUCAGCCAAGACCUCUGCUAAGUUGUCAUGACGAGUGAGGAGUGUCCCGUUCCGCUAGGGGGCGUGUCCCCGGUGGGGGCGGGGCUCUGCGAGGACUACGGCCCGGUGCAGGCUGAUGACAUCAUUGAGGAGGCGGGAGGGGCCGGCGAUGACGUCAGUAUCGGCAGUGACCUCAGCACGCUGGUGGUGCCGUUCCCUGAGCUUGCGCCCGUGGUGUUCUUCUGUCUCAAGCAGACCACCUGUCCCCGCAGCUGGUGCAUACACAUGGUGUCCAGCCCAUGGUUUGAGAGGAUCAGUAUCAUGGUGAUUCUGCUCAACUGUGUCACACUGGGGAUGUACCAGCCCUGUGAGAACAUCGACUGCACUUCAGACCGCUGCCAGAUACUACAGGCGUUCGAUGCGUUCAUCUACAUCUUCUUUGCAUUGGAGAUGGUGGUGAAGAUGGUGGCACUGGGAAUCUUCGGGAGACGCUGUUACCUUGGCGACACCUGGAACAGACUAGACUUCUUCAUCGUCAUGUCUGGGAUGGUGGAGUACUCGUUGGACCUGCAGAACAUCAACCUGUCAGCCAUCAGGACAGUCAGGGUCCUCAGACCCCUCAAAGCCAUCAACAGAGUACCCAGUAUGCGUAUCCUGGUGAAUCUCCUCCUGGACACUCUGCCCAUGCUGGGAAACGUCCUCCUGCUUUGUUUCUUCGUCUUCUUCAUCUUCGGCAUCAUCGGAGUGCAGCUGUGGGCGGGAUUACUGAGGAACCGAUGCUACCUCGAGGAAAACUUCACCCUUUCGUCAGGUCUGACCCUGCCCGCCCCUUACUACCAGCCGGAGGAGGAUGACGAGCGCCCCUUCAUCUGCUCUCUGGCCCAGGAUAACGGGAUCAUGUCGUGUGGUGACGUCCCGGCCCGGAGGGAGGGGGGAAGGACCUGCUGUCUGGACAGGGAGGAUGCCUACCACCGCCAGUCCCUGGGGCUCAUCCCUGAACCACUAGUCAACAGUUCAGCCAGUGCAGUGGGUCUCUGUAUCAACUGGAACCAGUACUAUACUAGAUGCCAUACUGGACAUAAUAAUCCACACAAGGGGGCGAUCAACUUCGAUAACAUCGUAUACGCCUGGAUUGUUAUCUUCCAGGUGAUAACUCUGGAAGGCUGGGUAGAGAUCAUGUACUAUGUAAUGGAUGCUCACUCCUUCUACAACUUCAUCUACUUCAUCUUCCUCAUCAUCAUUGGCUCGUUCUUCAUGAUCAACCUAUGUCUGGUGGUCAUCGCCACCCAGUUCAGUGAGACCAAGCAGCGGGAGCACCAGCUGAUGCAGGAGCAGCGGGCCCAGUGCCUGUCCUCCUCUACCCUGGCCAGCCUGCAUGAACCGGGGGACUGCUACGAAGAGCUCUUCCAGCUGGUCUGCCACAUGCUGCGCAAGGCCCGCAGGAGAUCUGUAGCCCUGUAUAACCAACUGAGGGGAAGGCCUCUGCCACCACCGCCCACUAGAGGGAGAGGAAGAGGAGGAGGAAGAGGAGGAGGGGAAGGAGGAGGGAGUGCGAACGGAGGGGAACGGCAUCACCUGAGGCAGCCACGACAAUCUCACUGUCCUCACCAAAGCAAGCUGGACUCAGUCCACACCUCCCAACCCCUGGGCAACUCCAUCGCCCUGGCCGUCCCUCAAAACACAGAGGACUGCCCUCAGUGCGCUACGGCACUGUCACUCAGGGAGGGGGCGGGAGCUGUGGGCGACUCGGCCAAUGGGGAGGAGGAGGGGGCCGUGGAGGAAACGGACAGGGAGGAGAACCACUUGGAGGAGAAAGCGGAAGAGGGGGAGGGAGUGAAGAAGAAGAGGAAGAGGAGGUCGUGUUUUGGACACUGUAAGGACAUGUGGGAUGAGAUGAGGAAGAAACUUUGGGGCAUCGUGGAGAGCAAAUACUUCAAUAGAGGAAUCAUGAUCGCUAUUCUCAUCAAUACUAUCAGCAUGGGGAUAGAACACCACAACCAGCCGGAGGAGCUGACUAACGUGUUGGAGAUCAGUAACAUUGUGUUCACCAGUAUGUUCACCCUGGAAAUGAUCCUCAAGCUGACCGCCUUUGGCUUCUUCGCCUACCUGAGGAACCCCUACAACAUCUUCGACGGCAUCAUCGUCAUCAUCAGUGUGUGUGAGAUCAUAGGUCAGUCUGAUGGAGGUCUGUCUGUCCUGAGGACCUUCAGACUGUUGAGGGUGAUCAAGCUGGUGCGCUUCAUGCCAGCGCUACGCAGACAGCUGGUGGUGCUGAUGAAGACCAUGGACAACGUGGCCACCUUCUGCAUGCUCCUCAUGCUCUUCAUAUUCAUCUUCAGUAUCCUGGGGAUGCAUAUCUUUGGCUGUAAGUUCAGUCUGAAGACAGAGACUGGAGACACUGUUCCUGACAGGAAGAACUUUGACUCUCUACUGUGGGCCAUUGUCACUGUGUUUCAGAUUCUGACUCAGGAAGACUGGAACAUGGUGCUGUAUAAUGGAAUGGCCUCCACCUCCCCCUGUGCUGCUCUCUACUUUGUGGCUCUAAUGACCUUUGGCAACUACGUCCUCUUCAACCUGCUGGUGGCCAUCUUGGUAGAGGGCUUUCAGGCUGAGGGGGAUGCCAACCGGUCGUACUCCGAAGACGACAGGUCCUCGUGUAACUUUGACGAGAACUCUGACAAGCUGAAGGACUCGCUUCAUCUCUCUGACCCUAAGAUCUGCACCCUAACCCCCAACGGUCACCUGGACCUGUCCCCAACGCCCACGGGUCUGUACACGUCCGACAGGCUCACUUUCGCUCUGGGCUCACGCAAAAACAGUGUCAUCUCUCUGGGCAGGGCUAACCUGGAGGGCAGGGCUAACCUGGAGGGCAGGAUCCUGUGUCGGGGGAGCAGCUCCCUGUACCACAACUGGGGCCGCCCUGCAUCCCAGACCCAGGCAAUUUGGGGCCGGCGGUCCAGCUGGAACAGCCUGGGUCGCCCCUCCCGAGCCUUGGGACUGGGGGUAGGAGGAGGGGGUAGCCUGCGUUCCCGCAGCCCCCACGCCACCCACCCGGCCGAGCAGGAGUCCCUCCUCUCCCCCCCUCACCCUCCUCCGCACCUCACCCACCCUCCUCCCCUCCUGGCGCUAAACUUUGUCCCGCGGCGGGACCGCCGGGCGCUGUCCUUGGAGCUGCCGGAGCUCCUCCAGGUCCCGGGAACCCCCCUGGCGUCAAUGCUACCUUGCCCCAGGAAGAAGAGCUUCUCCAGUGGGUUGGUUGGUGGAGGGGCUGGGGGGGAGCACCAGGACUGCAAUGGGAAGGCCCCAUCAGCCCAGCUCCAGCUUCAACUUCAGCUGCCGCCACAUCCACAUCCCCAUCCACAGCUACUGACAGAGGUGUUCCCUCAGGUCAACACACGCAAGGACAGAGAGGACCUGGACGAUGACAUUGACUAUAGUCUGUGUUUCCGUAUCCAGAAGAUGAUGGAGGUGUACAGGCCAGAGUGGUGUGAGACCAGAGAGGACUGGUCUGUCUUCCUCUUCUCUCCUCAGAACAGGUUCAGGCGGGUAUGCCAGUCCAUCAUAGCCUACAAGAUGUUUGACUAUGUGGUGCUAGCGUUCAUCUUCUCCAACUGCAUCACCGUGGCUCUGGAGAGACCCAAGAUCAUGCAGGGCAGCCUGGAAAGAGUCUUCCUAACCAUCUCCAACUACGUCUUCACAGCCAUCUUUGUAGCAGAGAUGACGCUCAAGGUGGUGUCUAUGGGCCUGUAUAUAGGGGAACAGGCAUAUCUGAAAAGCAGCUGGAACGUGUUGGACGGCUUCCUGGUCUUUGUGUCGUUGAUUGACAUUGUGGUGUCAAUGGCGGGCGGGGCUAAGAUUCUGGGGGUACUGAGGGUUCUCCGAUUGCUCCGCACACUGCGCCCCCUCAGGGUGAUCAGUCGAGCCCCAGGUCUGAAGCUGGUAGUGGAGACUCUAAUAACGUCUCUGAAACCUAUAGGAAACAUUGUCCUUAUCUGCUGUGCUUUCUUCAUCAUAUUUGGUAUCCUGGGGGUGCAGCUGUUCAAAGGGAAGUUCUUCUACUGCUUUGGCCCCGACGUCAAGAACAUCACCAACAAGUCUGACUGUCUGCAGGCCAACUACAAAUGGGUCCAUCACAAGUACAACUUUGACAACCUGGGACAGGCUCUGAUGUCCCUGUUUGUGCUGGCUUCAAAGGACGGCUGGGUCAACAUCAUGUACCAUGGCCUGGAUGCUGUAGGGGUGGACCAACAGCCAGUGAUCAACAACAGUCCAUGGAUGCUCCUGUACUUCAUCUCCUUCCUCCUCAUCGUCAGUUUCUUCGUUCUCAACAUGUUUGUGGGCGUGGUAGUGGAGAACUUCCACAAGUGCCGUCAGAACCAGGAAGUGGAAGAGGCUAAAAGGAGAGAGGAUAAACGACGGAGACGCAUGGAGAAGAAGAGGAGGGACGCCCAGAAGAUCCCCUACUAUGCCAGUUACAGCCCCAUCCGCCUGUGGAUCCACACUCUGUGUACCACCUACUACCUGGACCUCUUCAUCACCUUCAUCAUCUGUAUCAACGUCAUCACCAUGUCACUGGAACACUACAGCCAGCCACGAUCUCUAGAUCUAGUGUUGAAGUACUGUAACUAUUUCUUCACAUCCACCUUUGUACUGGAGACCCUCCUGAAGCUCACCGCCUUUGGCUUCCGACGCUUCUUUAAAGACAGGUAGUUACAGGGCCACACUGACUUACUGAAUAAACACUGUAUUCACUGCUGCACUGGGGACACUGUGUGUGUGUGUUUGUGUUUGCGC